AUGCUUUCUACUUUAUUCUCUUCAACCUGUAGUUUGCUCUUCACCUUCGGUCAUAACCUGGGUGAUUAUUUCAUCUUUUUCCUUCAAAAGAGCUGCAACUUCAGCUCUAGGGCAGUAGAACUAGCAGGUACUUGUGAUGGUAAGGGAUACCGAAAAUUUGAGCUGGCAUUAACAAGGAAUUCAUGGAAAAUUAGAACUCAGAAAUUACUGGAAAGUGCUGAGAAGCCCACAAUUCAGCAGAUGCAGCGGCUUCUUAAAGAGGGACUGGCCAUAAGCAUUCCUCCAGAAGAUUAUUAUAGACAGCAACUAUCGGCAUUGAGGGACUUUGGCUUGCGAUGGGAAAAUACGGCCAAGAAGGUCUCAAAGGAUGGUGGAGCACUUCGAUUUACUGCAUCUGUCGAAGACCUUACGACCAGAGAGCAGUUCUUGCUUGUGAUAAAUGCAAUGAAUGGUAUCAUUUCGAUUGCAUGA